AUGGCGGGUGUCGAUGAAUACUCGAGCUUAAGCUCCAGUAUGUAUUCAAAUGGAACUGGUACUUAUACCACAGCAACAAUAUUGAACCUCACGCACUUCAAUUAUCCAUGGGUUCUUCUAGUCGUCUUUCUUAUAUCAUUCAUCACACACAGCAUUCUAACGGCGGAAUCUUCCGAUGAAACUGGACCGAUGCUCACAGGUCCUGGGGGAAAACCUUUACCGCGGUCUGCUAGGAGGACAAAACAAGAUAAGGAUAAGCUCAGGCUGCAGGAUUUCACUCCUAUUCAGAAAUUGUUAUUUCUUUGGCUUUCAGCUGGUGUUCUAGUAACAUUUCUCGGCAAUGCGAUCAACAUCGUCGUACACGCUCUUGAUAAACGGGAGAAUGGUUGGUGGUGUGGCGAAGCAACUGCUAUAUACGUCUGCGCCUCUCUUUUUUUCUACAGUGUCUUUCUCAUUUCGUUGGUCGACACAACACCCUCACCUUCGAUUGCACAUCAGGUUACAUGGUUAGUUGCGCUGGUCGGUGAGAUUGUACUUCUUGCCGCUUCGCUAUCUUUAUACACCUCAGCUCACCGGGAACUCAACUCGCUUUUCAACUUCAAUCCGGACUUUCACAAAUACGCAACUCAAUGGGAAAUUGUUGAGCUGGUACUCGAUGCAAUUCGGGUAGUUCUACUUUUCUUCUGUGUGGCUUUUUAUUGCAUCUUCACUUUGGAACGUUCAAUUAAAGGCAAAAAUAGAAGUCGGCAGAGCAGCAGUGAGCCUGAUGAGAACAGUCCCCUUCUUUUCAAUGGCCGAGCGAAUGGAAACGGCCAUGUCUCUGGAAAUGGCUCAAUUGCAAAUGCGUCUGCUUCCGACUCCUUAUCGUUAAAUGGACAUGCGACUGCGAAUGGUUCUGCAGCACAGGGCGUUGACAUUCAAGGAAGACCGAUUGGUCAGCAGCGUGUGGACGAAGUGCCUGCGUUUUACAAACCUACAACAGCUACAACCAAAACAUGGUGGGAGUAUUUGAAAGGAUAUUCACUCUUCUUUCCAUAUCUCUGGCCAGCUAGAUCCGUUCGCUUGCAAAUAGUAGUUGUUGUUUGCUUCCUUCUUGUCGUCAUGCAGCGAAUAGUGAACAUCGCGGUUCCUUUGCAAGUCGGAAGGGUCACUGAUGCGCUUACUGGCGAUGAUGAUCAAGAGGUUACAAUGCCAUGGCUGUCCAUUUCUCUUCUCAUUGCUUUCAAGUUUCUUCAAGGAUCUUCUGGAAUCCUAGGAGCUGCUAGAUCGGUUCUGUGGAUUCCAAUUUCUCAGUAUUCAUACAAGGCCUUAACCACAGCCUCAUUUGAGCAUGUUCAUGGUCUGAGUUUGGAUUUCCAUCUCGGAAAGCGCACUGGUGAAGUCCUGUCAGCACUUAGUAAGGGUAACGCCAUCAAUAAUUUCCUAGAGCAAGUGACCUUCCAGGUUCUUCCAAUGAUAUUCGAUCUUGGAGUUGCCAUCGGUUAUUUCGCAUAUGCCUUUGACGCAUACUACGCUCUCGUGGUUAGCAUCAUCACCUUUUCUUAUCUUUAUCUUACCAUUCGGAUGGCAAGAUGGCGAUCGGAUCAACGUCGACAAAUGCAGAACCUCAGCCGCGAGGAAGACGCUGUCAAGAAUGACUCUCUAACGUCUUAUGAGACUGUUAAAUACUUCAACGCUGAAACUUAUGAAUUUAAUCGUUACCGACAAGCGGUUUCGGCAUUUCAAAAGAUGGAAUUCAAAGUGACAAUUUCUUUGAAUAUCCUUAACAUCAGUCAAAACCUGGUCUUCAUGGCUGGACUUCUCGUAACUUCUUUUAUCGCUGCAUACCAAGUCACAACUGGUAAACGUCAAGUGGGACAGUUUGUGACUCUCAUCACAUAUAUGGGUCAACUUCAACAGCCUCUGAAUUUCUUUGGUUCUUUCUACCGGGGGGUCCAAAGUGCUAUGAUCAGUGGCGAACGUCUCCUUGAACUAUUCAAAGAAGAGCCGACUGUUAUUGAUGAGCCGAGUGCGAAGCCACUGCCAGCAUGCGAGGGCCGAAUCGACUUCAAUCAUGUUAAAUUUUCUUAUGAUACCCGUAAGCCUGCACUGGAGGACUUGAGUUUUACCUGCAAACCAGGCACCACUACAGCAUUUGUUGGAGAGUCCGGAGGAGGAAAAUCCACCGUUUUCCGGCUACUCUUUCGAUUUUACAAUACUCAGAAUGGUAGUAUCCAGCUAGAUGGCCACGACAUUAGAGAUGUCACCAUAGACUCGCUAAGACAUCACAUUGGUGUUGUACCACAGGACACAAUUCUCUUCAAUGAGACUCUUAUGUAUAACCUUCGGUAUGCCAACCAAGACGCAACGGAUGAAGAUAUUUACAAUGCCUGUCGAGCUGCUUCGAUUCACGACAAGAUACUCGCAUUUCCGGAUGGUUACGAUACGAAGGUUGGUGAGCGAGGUCUUCGUCUCAGUGGUGGUGAGAAGCAACGAGUAGCCAUAGCACGAACCAUUAUCAAAAAUCCUCGAAUCAUCAUGCUUGAUGAAGCUACUGCCGCAUUAGAUUCUGACACUGAACAACACAUCCAAGAAGCAUUGAAGACCUUGUCCGAAGGCCGUACUAUGCUAGUCAUUGCCCAUCGAUUGUCCACCAUUACUAAUGCAGAUCAAAUAUUGGUCCUUCAUGCUGGACAAGUUGCUGAAGCUGGAACCCAUAGUGAGCUAUUACUCAAGAAAGGUCGAUAUGCGCAGAUGUGGAAGAAGCAAAUUAGGGCCGAACGAGCAGCUGAGAAAGCAUCCGAGAUGGUGGCUAGAGCCAGAGCUCUCAGUGAAGCAGCUUCCAUUCAGACUCCUAGUCACUCUAGCAAGGUCAAAGGUGGCAAUACGGAAGCGAGCGAGUAUGAGACAGAUCACCACAGUGAUGUAAAUCUUGCCGUUAAAGUGGAAGCGACAAGGGCUCUUGCUCGUACUCCGGAGAGCCGAAUCAAUGAUGACAGUUCUAGCUCCAACUCUAGUUCCAGUUCAGACACGGAUGGCCCCAAAUCAGACGAGGAAAAGCAAACAGGAAACGACAAAUUUGACGAAAAUAGGAGUACCGACAAAAGUGGCGAUUCGAGGCCUCCUUCAAGGAAGCAAAGUCCAUCUAAUUAA